AUGAUUUUCGCUCUGGCGCUAGUAGGUGCUGGUUGUGUGUCGUCCAUCAGGCUAGGACGCGGGCCGGAGACCACGGAGGCUCGGGCCGGACAGACGGUAGAGCUUCGCUGUGACGUGAAUUAUCGUAACGGCGAGACGAUACUGUGGUACCAAAACCCCACCAACAGCUUCGUAACAUUCAAUAGGGACGUGUACGAUUCUCUGGAUGACGAUCGUAAACAGCGAUACUCGAUUCAAGGAAGCGAAUACUGGCAUGUGUUUAAUCUUCGUAUCGCUAAUCUGAAAGCCGUCGAUAAUGGACAUUUCUACUGUGGGUAUUUGGAGGGAACUAAGUUUCGAGUCCUAGGCAGUGCUCGUUUGACAGUUAUCUACCCUCCAGAUGAAACCUCACCUACUUGCUCGAUUAACCUACUGGACGAAUCCAACUCCACUACUGCUGGUGUUGGUAGCACUGUGGACUUAAUCUGUAUGUGGACUGGGGGUAACCCCCCAUCCACUGCCGCUUGGUACCGCCAGAAUGUUCCUAUGGAGACCCGUAAGGAAGAGGGUUAUGUGUGGACACGCUGGGAACUAACAGCCGAGGAUAACGGGAUGGAGUUUACCUGUGAGAUGGAGUCAAAAGCAUUGAGUGAGAAGCGAAGCUGUACCGCUAGCCCGCUGCAUAUCUCACCCCAGGCCGUCAUCGUGCCUUCGGUGGCUUACGUGAGGAUUGGAGACACAGUGGAGUUUGAAUGCCAGGGAACAGGUUUGCCGAGGAUCACAUCCUAUGUUUGGGCGGUGCCGCCCUACUUAGCUCGGAAUCCUGAGCGAUUUGAGCUGCGAGACGGCAACAGGAUAUUCCAUUUACUUGCUGUAGAGGCUGGCGACGACGCUUUGGAGAUUACAUGCGAGGUAAGAACCCUGCGUGGGUUAGAAGGAACGGCGAGUGCGGUUCUCAGACUAGUACAGCCAACAACACUAAGCCCCAAGACAACUGCGGCAGACACAGAAGCACCACCAACAACUCUCAUACCGACCAUGGCCAAUGAUGUGCUAACAACAACUCUCAUAGCGACUGAAGCCAAGGACACAGAACCAACAACGACAGAAAUUAGUAACAAAGGUGCCACCGGUCCAAAGUCGACGCCAGCAUCACCUCAACCAAGCGAUAGUCUACCGAUGGUAAGUCUUCACAAGAACACCAUUAUCGGUAUUGGUGCAGCUGCUAGCACGCUCUUUGUACUGAUCAUCGCAGCUCUUCUCGUGUUACGGAAGAGAUUGCGAGCCAGGAAGAGCUCGAUUCGACGUGACACAUCCAUGCACCUCGUCAAUGGUGCCUACGAGACAGUUAUCGGAGGAAGUCGUGUCAUCGACGACCCAGAGAACAACCAUCGCAUCGAGUAUCAGACCCAUGAUAACCAUCGUCCCGUAGCAGCAGUGUCCCCCUGGCCCCAGGCUGCUGGUCCGUCACAGAACGGAACCAAACACUCCGUGUGCUACGCUAAAGUGGACAAGAAGAUAUCCAGGGACAGCGAUCCACUUUACGACAAAGUCCCUGUCGAAGACAAAGUGGAUUUGGGGAUUGGGAGUUGUAUUCAGGGGCGGGAACCAACCUAUAUCAACCAAGGAGCACUAGCGAUUGGGCAGGAACCCGACCCUAGGGAAUUCAAUGCCGAAGGACUUACUUACGCCGAGUUGGAGUUGGAAAGAAAUGGAAGGCUGCAUUCCAAGAAAAGUCACACAGUCUAUGCAAAGCUCAAAUGAGGACCACCGAAACUGAUUAAAUCGACUCCCAUGAACAGUAGUAGUUUAACCUUCUCAUUGAGGUUGGUAUUUCCGACUAAAAUUUAACAGUGACAAUUUCUAUCCAGAAUAAGAGUUUCGGGUCUCUGCUUUUGAUGUUUAGGUGCGUCUUCAAACCUACUUACUCACAAUCACUUUGUCAGUGUUUGAUAUGGAGGCUUUUUAUUCCUGAUAUAACCAAGCAACAUAAUUAUUAAGUGCCUCUAAAAGCGCUUUGUUUAUAUACAAAUAGACAUUGGUGAGUGAUGUCUGAGAGCGACUGUAACAUACAUUCCAAAUCCAUCACUUUUCACAGAUGUUGAAAAGAGGAACUAAAAUGUUGAUAGUGAUGUUUACAUGUACUGUGUUUACAAAAUAUUAGGCCUUACAAAGUUGUUUUUCACAGAACCUUGUGCAUUUUAUUUCGAUGAAGUUGUAUUCACUUGCUACUGACAGGGUAAAUAGAAAGACGGGAGUUUUUAGCGGGACUACCGACAACAAAACCAAAGCAAGAAUAGUUUAUGACUACAGCCAACAAAACACAUCAUUAAUUUUAAUUGAUCUAAUGUACUGCGGGCAGAACUCCCUGUAAAAUUACGACUGAUUCUGUGUUUAAACUCAAAAGCAGACUUUAUUUUGGACUCGGUUUCAAUCCAACUUGAGUCAGCAGAUGUGGACACAAACCGGGAAAGUCGAACGUUUUCUCGUAACUUUAACAUUGAUUCCACGACCCAUGCGCAUAAUUUAUUAUAUUAUUUACAAGGUAUGGGCCAAACACCGAUUGAACGAUCUCGAGAAAUUUCAAAAAUAAAUCCAACUAGUGAAUCACUUAAGGCCAAAAUGCACGAUGAAAAACGGAGGAAAAACUCCUUGGGGUGGAACAGGCAAGCUAUAGGUGUUGGACGUUGGUUUGAAUUGAAGCGGUAUAUUUCCCGGUGUCUCUGGCUACCGUAAAACAAUCCGUUACGGGUCUUGCCCUUGUUAAACUGCAUGAACUACGUGCUGUGCAUCUAACAACCAAAACAAUAGAGAAAUUAAACUUAUUCUCAACUUGGAAAUGAAACAAAUUUUGGUUGUAAUUUGCAGAGUGACAAUCAGUUGACAGUUUGACGGUUCAAGAACGGUAAAAGAAAUACAGGAAGCCUAUAAGGUUACUUAUGGGCGUGGUUGGUAUUAUUAUAAACGUAGGUGAUAAACAACAUUACUGUUCUAUCUUAAUGAUUAAUAGGAAGUUCCAAUUAGUUUUAUAAUCCGAAAUUAACCUGUGCUAUUUUGAUCAGGAAAGAAUACUGAAUGGGAAAAAUAUUCUCAUCAGAAACUCGUGAUUUUUCGUCUUUACAUAGUUUACAAGCUUACGCAAACCUGACGCGGUUCUACAGCCGUCUGGUUUGCAUAAGCUUGUAAACUAUCCAUAUCUUUUUGGGCGGGGGGGUAGACCCUUCGCACGUGACGUAACCUGUAACUUUCUCUAGCGAUACUGCUUUUCAUUUUUUUUGGGGGGGGGCUAGACAAAAGUUGGGGGAAGCCCUCUAGCCCCCCUAGAACUGAACACGAUGUAAACCCUUUCUGCAAAAUAAAACCCUGGAACGGUGGUUACUCCUAACACGGUCCAGCACAUCAUAAUUACAAGUACCGUCGAGCAAGUUGUACCAUUUCCCUCUUCAUUUCCUUACUCUCUUCAAGUACAAACAUGAGGAUUCCAAAUACAAAGUUGAUUGCAUCCCAAGCACUGUUCAAGACUCUAAUAAAAAGAAAACAGGACCAGUUCGGGCUUAAAAUUAGGUUUGCAUUGAACUAACUAUGCGGCCUAUCCCAAAUCUAAUUCCGAAGCUCGAACAGUGUACGCGUGCAUAAAAAUGCCUCUGACGUUCUCACUCUGUCGUUGCUACUCCAGUACACAACAACAGGCCAUUUUAAUCAGCCAGUUUUUAAUUUUAGUUGUAUAGAAUUCGAUUUGGGGAGAAAAUUCCUGUGUUGAUAUGCCAGGAAUCAAUUUACACUCAUUACCAUCAACUCCAAACAAAAUCGCAUGUUGUCAAUCUCUUGUACAAAAAUAAGAAACGCAAAGUGUCAACUUCACGACAUAACUAAAUUUUGCACGGCAAAGAUUUAUCCUCAAAGUGCACGUAGGCUACUACACACUGACUUCACCAAUAACCGAACGAUACUAUGUAUAACAACUGACUGAAAGUUCUAGCCUGCCGAUAGAUUCACGUCCCAACAAAAUUGUGUCACAGUAAAAAACAGUCAAAAGAUAACAUUUUGAAGUUUUUUCGCCUGGAACUGACGCAACACAUUUUACCAAUCCUAGUGAACAAUGACUGUAUCAAAUUAAUUGCAGUCUCAUGGUGCACUGCUUCAAUUUUUUUCUGUUGACCAAAAUCGGGACGGAAAAGGUGGACAGGUCACGUGCUACAUGACCUCGAAACCGUAUCCUGCUGGGCGGAUGUGAAAGAGAGAUUUGACUGCAUACUUGUCGGUCAACCAUGCAAGCUCAGGUUUGACCCAAAUAUUCCGCUUUCAAUUAAGUAAUAGACAAAAUUAGUAGGAUAUGAUCCAUACGAUUACUUUAACGAUUACGUUUUCUUUAACUUUAUUCUCUGUGUCCACUCGCGGAUUAUUUUUUGGCAUGUCGGCUCAAUGACUGGAUUCACACAUAACACAAAGAUUAUUGAGCGUAGGUGGAUGUUUUCAGACUGUGAGUCAGUUUAAUCGUUAAUGCCACUUGGCUCCGCAAAUUAACGUCUGUGCAUUAACCAACAAAAAUGAUUCAUUUCCAGCGUUUCGGUACUACAAACUUAACUGACGAGACUUAAUUGUUGGCAAGUGAUUUCAGUCUCAAAAUAGACGGAGGGAGGUGGAAUUGGUGGGAGUGAAAACUCAGAACCAGUGGAAUUCGAUGCCCCAAAAGUUUGGAAUGACACCAGGCGACACAGGAGAAUAUGGAUGGCAUACAUGUACAUGUAUGUGAGAGUAGGUGCAACGAAGUUUAACUGCCACUGGAAGAAUUAAGAUCAACAGUCUCAUUAUAAAUUAUGUGGGGGCAGAAAUCCGUAUACACAACACAAAUGUCAGCUGAAGUGUUCUACUCCGUCACUGCUGUCUUUUUUAUUGAAUAACAUGUAGAAUAAGCGAGUAUGUAUUAAAACUAACCAGUUUAUUGGAGUAAAGAUGAGAUACCCUUCACACCGCGGCAUUAGCUUAUGACCUGGGACAUGUAAUCGUGUUCUUCAAGAAUGCGUAUUAAUCAAACAAUGCCACAGCUGAAAAUGUUAACUUUACAAUAACUGUAAAACAAACCAGGCCACAUCAAAUGAUAAAAAAAAAUUACAAAAGUUAUUUCAGACAUCUACAUGUAAAAAAAAACUUCAUCAAAUCGGAUCAAUAAGGAGUUGAUCAAUUUAUUACUUGUGAGAAAUCUUUAAUUCAACUGCAGUUUGGGAGGCAGAAUAGCGCACGACGGGAAGUUUAUGAACUUGUCAAACUCGAUAAACAAAUUCCCUUCUACGCUGUGACAACUGUUUGAUUAUAAAUUCGACAAACAAAUUCCCUUCUACCAAGAGAGAACACAAAGUCUGUGGUCCUAAUUAGAAACUUCCUGCCAUAGCAAUACCAAAAAAGAAACUGCAGGUCCCCGCUCCAUAAUACAUGUACGUGUGCAUGUACUUGUCAAUGCCAGGAGGGCAUGAUUUCUAUUGGUGCAUCUUCAACUCUAUCGCUGGCUUGGCGGUUUGGGAACACUGGGACAUUUAUCUCGAUUACCCCCCAAUUAAUUUAGUUGAAUGUAAGAUUUAAAAAAGCUGAAUGACCUGGUUUUUGUGUCAUCCCCAAGGUUUGUCAUGUUGAAAUCAGGGAACCACACGCUCUUUGCUGACAAGUGCAUUGUUGAUUACGUUGGGAUCAGCUUACUUUAUUCUCUGCUGUUGGUUUUUGCUCAGUGUCGGUUUGGUUUAUACGUUGGAAGUGGCAAUCACCCUCUGAUAAAGCAUCUCCUUUUCACUGAUGCAAUUUUCCUUACAACAAUCUAAACGGUAUUUUCCAUUCCCUCACCAUCCCAUUCCUCCAAAAUCAAUGCUCACAUGUUGGCUUCACAUCAAUAUUUCUUUAUAGCUUUGACAGCAUACCCCAUACUUAUUACAAAAUUACAAAAAGCUAAGCAAGAAAUCACUAAAAUCGCUAGAUUCAAGCAGCCAUGGCAGAGAUUCCUUGAUCAGGGAAGUGAGCUGAAGUACAAGGCAGCACUAGCUGCGCAGGAUUUGUAUAUUUUUGUGUUUUUGUUUUGUCAACUGCAUGUUCUUCCAAUUUUUACAUACAUGUCUUCAUGUUUUGUCUUAAAUCACUCAUCACAUUGCCAACAAAAUCUGUUAGCAUUCACAAAAAAGAUACACCAACUGUUCGUCGCAUUCCAGAGAAGAGGGACAUUACUGUGAAAACAGUGCUUACAAAUUUCCACCAGUAUCACGUGAUUCGAACAUCACGUGCUUCGCCAUGUGAUAGUAAGUCAUCACACAACCCAAGACUCGGACUGAUGUCACACUGUUAGAGCUCGAGACAUCAAUAGAAACCACAGGAAAACUGGUUCACCGAGGAAAAACAUCAAAACAGAACAAUCAUCUCACGCUAAGUUUUUUAAUAGCAAGGAUAAUGAAGAUGGUAAUUGCUCCUUUUCUUGCAACAGGACGCUUUACAUGUCAUGUUAGUUGUUAUUAAAGGAAUUUGCUUAAUGUGACAGAAAAGUAAAGAAGAAAAAUGAACAACUAAAAAAAAA